AUGUUACAUUAUUCGAAAUCAUUAAAAGCAAUUCGAACGCGCACAGGAUCACUUUAUCAGAAUGCUAAACGACGUCUGGCCAGAUCAGUACGAAAUCGUCGAUCAUAUGCAAGGAAAAGGGGCCAUAAUGAAGGUUGUAUAGCCGUUGAUGAUUUCAAAGCAACUGAGAAAGGACAACUUUCCGUCGUCAAGGGACAGCGACUUGAGGUGGUAGAAUAUUAUGCAGAUGCUCCAGAAUGGGUGCUUGUUUCAAUUACUUGGGAAAAUGGUGAGCAGCAACAAGGACUUGUUCCCUGCUCAGUAAUUUCAUCUGUCGAACCGACAGGUUAG